AUGAGCGAGACCAAAGUUAAUAAAAAGCGUUUAAUGUCUUCCAGUGAAGAUGAUAAAUUGGAAAUAGAUACCAAUAAUUUAGAUUCAAAAAAAUUGAAAGGAGACUCUGAAGAUAUUGUUCAUCCUAAUGAAUCUUCUCAAGUAGAAGGGUCCACUCAGUGGAGAUUACGAAUUAAGAAUGUACCUAAAUUUGCGUCGACCAAAAUGAUUAAAGAAUUGUUAGCUAAGCAUAGCUGCGGUGAUGUUAGAAUUAAAAAGUCCCAUGAAUGGGACUUUUGCUAUGCUUUUUUCAAAGAUCGGCAAUCUCUGUUUAAUCAAAGGCAUGAAAAAAGAAAAAAAAAUUUUUUUGAUCCUACUGGUGAAAUUCAACGUUCGCCAGAAGAAUUGCUCGCUGACCAAAUAACACCGUUGCACAAACUUUCCUAUGAAGAGCAAUUAAAACAUAAGGAAGACUUGAUAAAAAAGUCUCUUUCUAAAUUCCGUAAUAAAAUUAAGGAGUUGUCCGAUUCAAAUCUUCCUUGCAUUUUACAACCAAUUAUUUCUUCACCUAUAAUUGAAGGAUAUCGAAACAAAUGCGAGUUUACUAUUGGAAGAAAUCUCAAUGAUGAAAUUACAGUCGGAUUUUUAUUAGGAUCUUUCAAAGACGGAAUUAAUACUGUUAUAGAACCGGAUAAAUCUCUUAAUGUAAGCGAUUUAGCAAAAAAGAUUGUAAAGGCUAUGAAGGAUUAUAUUGUUAUGUCUCCAUAUGAUAUAUACGAUAAUAAGAACAAAAAAGGUACAUGGCGUAUGAUUACUGUACGAUCACAAGUUAGUGAUGAUGUAAUGAUUAUUAUUCAAAUUCACCCGCAAGAAUUAACUGAAGAGAAAAUAAAUCAAGAAAAAGUAGCAUUGACGGAAUAUUUUGAGACCUUUGCACGUGAAGCAAAUUUUAAUUUGACAUCGCUUCUCUUGCAAGUAUAUGAUGGGGUUAAUAAUGGAAUAGCCGAUGAUAAACCAUUUGAUUGUAUAUCUGGUACGCAUUUCAUCUUUGAAAAGAUGAUGGAUUGUAGGUUUCGUAUAUCUCCUAGAGCGUUUUUUCAAACAAAUACGCUUGCUGCUCAAGUUUUGUAUGAAAAAUGCGGGGAAUAUAUAAAAGAUUUAUUCGUUUCCGAAAAAGAACCUGUAAUUUUGAUUGAUAUGUGCUGUGGAACUGGAACUAUUGGAAUUGCGUUGUCUAAAAACUUGGGUGAUAAAAUUGACAAGGUUAUCGGAAUUGAACUUUGUGAAGAAGCCGUUGAAGAUGCAAAAUUCAAUGCCACAUCAAACGUUGAAAAGAAUUUAAGGACUUUGUAUUCGUAUAAACAAGCAAAUGCUGGUACAGUAGUUGCAAUUGUAGAUCCACCUCGUGCGGGUGUUCAUAAGAAUGUAAUUAAAGCACUUCGUGAAUGUAAAGCAAUUGAUUAUUUCUUGUACGUUUCUUGUGAUUGCAAUUUGGCCACUCAAAAUUUUGUAGAUUUAUGCCGACCUACAACCAAUAAUUUCCCUGGAGUUCCGUUUAAACCGGUCCGAGCAGUUGGUGUAGAUUUAUUUCCACAUGCAAAACAAGUAGAAUUAUUAAUUGAAUUUCAUAGAGAUAAAGAUUAUCCAACCAAAGAUGGUUUAAAAAGUGAUUAA